ACUAGAUACUACGAUUGGGACACGGUAGAAAACCGGCCAUUGAGUGACGGCGGAAUGCAGUUUGGACAGUUUCUUUUUUAUUCCGGUUAGCAUUAUAGCUGAAUAACGCUGAAUAAAGUUGAAUGAGGAUUUUUUUCGUCUUCAAGCAGCAGUGAAACGAUGUUAGGAACUAUCUGGCAGUACCUGUACACCUUUUAUUUGCGAUUCUGGUUUAAAUGGAUUCUCAGACAAAUCACAGGAAAAUGUGAGCUGCAGCGGAUCUGCCAUGGAUAUAAGCCUGGAGCAGGGAGGACCACACGGAUCGAAAAUUCCUUGAAUUCUUCAAAAAACAAGGUGCUGCAAGAAGCUGUAAGUGUGAAGGAGGAUGCAGUUGAGGCAUGUGUGACACAAAUCAUAAAAGUGAAAAAUAUCAACGAGCAAAAAGAUCCCAAGUUUAAGGUGAAUCUUCAGCAGUGCCUCAUUCGAAUAAGUGGCUAUAACUUGCUGUUUACAACAGUUGAGGAGCUGAGGAAAGAGGUGUUUAACUCUGAAAAUAUAAAACAUGAGAAAAUGCUUCUUCAGUUGUGGGAUUUGCUGAUGCCAUCUGUUAAACUGGAGUCUCGAAUAACCAAGCAGUGGGGCAACAUCGGCUUUCAAGGUGAUGACCCAAAGACCGACUUCAGAGGGAUGGGCAUGCUUGGCCUGGUAAACCUUGUGUUUUUCAGUGAAAAAUACACCAAAGCAGCACGGCACGUCCUGUCCCACGCCAACCAUCCCUCACUGGGGUACUCCUACGCCAUAGUGGGUAUUAAUCUGACCGAGAUGGCCUACAGUUUACUGAGGAGUGGAGCUUUGAGGCCACACCUCUACAACACUGUGGCAGGAAAACCACUCCUGCACCACUUCCACCAGCUUUACUGUUACCUGGCAUAUGAAUUUGAUAAGUUCUGGCUGGAAGAAAAGCCUGCAAGCAUUAUGGAGUUUAACAUCUACAGAGAGAAGUUCCAUGACAAGGUGAAAGAGCUACUUCUGGAGCCAGAGGUGUCCCUCAUCUUAAAGAUUGAUCCUAAAAACUACCCAGAAAACUGAGGGUUUUUUUCCUGAUUAAACAAUAAGAUGACUGAAUAAUAGCUUUCAAGCACAGUAACCAGUAGCAGGUUUCUAAACCUUAAGUUCAUUCCUGAGAACAAUACUGUAGAGCUGAAUUUUUAUUUUGGAGAUACUUAAAAUUAUUAACAAGUUCCCUUUACUUGAAGUUUGAGUUAUAUUUAUGGUUCCUGUCCGUUCUCUUUCAGUGGACAUCUCAGGAAUUUUAUAUUUAUGAUGAUGUAGAAAAUCGUAUAUGAUCCCAAUGAAACUUUGUUUAAUUGUCUGGCACAUGGACAGUUCAGUGUGUUCUUGCAUGUUUUAUUGCUUUUUGUUUUGUUUGUUCGGUUUAUACAUUUGGCCCAACAGAUUAGUAUUUCAGAUUCAUAACACGUAUUAAUGGUUUAUGUAUUUAAUGUGUUCUGUAAUUGUGUUUUUCAACCACUGUGCCACGGUACACUAGUGUCAGGUGUACCGUGGGAAAUUAUCCCAUUUUACCUAAUUGGUCGAAAAACUUUGAAAACGGAUUCAUUUUCUGCAAAUAAUAUGCCAUUUUCAAGUGUGUGUCACUGGCAGAGUAAUUAUGUAUUACUCUUCCAUAUCAGUAGGUGGCAACAGUUAAGCUAAUUGACUGUACUGUGUUGAUGGAUUGUACAUUGAGACAAGAGAAUUAGUGCAUGCAUGCGACAGGUAGCGGUGGCAGUAGUAUUGUGGCUAGCAGGACUAUAGUGACAGUGAUGAAGUUUUUGAAAAGGAAAAACAUUAACUCCCUGGACAAAAUUCAAACCCAGAUUAAGACCCUAGUAUGAGUGGAGGUCAAAAGAAAACAAAGACAGUUCGAGAUCUAUAUAGCUCAUCAACAGCUUUUGGAAAGGACAUGACAUUGCAGGAGCAGGAGGAACUAACUGAACUGAGACAAAAUUGUGGUUUAAAGCUAAGCUUUGGUUAUUCUACCUUUGGACAGUUUUUGGCUAACUGCUGCCAAGGAUUUCCCCAUUCUGUCAAACAAAGCUAUUGUGUGAGGUGAGCUUUUAAAGCCAGACUGCCAUAAAAACUAAAAACAGAGAGAGACUUUGGAACACUCCUCUAAAUAAAAUUAUUUUAUGUACAAACUAUAGCACAUAUAUUCUGUACAGUUUGGUUGCUACUGUUUUCAUCAGACAAUCUAAAAAAACAACAAAUGGAGUCUGGACAGGACACGAAGACCAUUCUACCCAGAAAACUGAGUUUUUUCCCCUGAUUAAACUAUAAUAUGACUGAAUAAUAGCUUUUAAGCACAUCCUGUUCCUCUGCUUCUAUGUUCAUAAAUACAGUAACCAGUAGCAGGUUUCUAAACCUUAAGUUCAUUCCUGAGAACAAUACUGUAAAGCUGAAUUUUUAUUUUGGAGAUACUUAAAAUUAUUAACAAGUUCGCUCUACUUGAAGUUUGAGUUAUAUUUAUGGUUCCUGUCCGUUCUCUUUCAGUGUACAUCUCAGGAACUUGAUAUUAAUGACGAUGUAGAAAAUUGUAUAUGAUCCCAAUGAAACUUUAAUUGUCUGGCACAUGGACAGUUCAGUGUGUUCUUGCAUGUUUUAUUGCUUUUUGUUUUGUUUGUUUGGUUUAUACAUUUGGCCCAACAGAUUAGUAUUUCAGCUUUAUAACACAUUAAAGCUUUGUGUAUUUAAUGUGUUCUGUAAUUGUGUUUUUCAACCACUGUGCCACGGUACACUAGUGUCAGGUGUACUGUGGGAAAUUAUCCCAUUUUACCUAAUUGAAUGAAUAAGUUUAUUAAUACUUAAUCAGGGACAAUGCACAGAAAACAUUAGUCUAAAAAAGAAGAGAUGUCAUGUGCCAGGUUCUAGCAAAAAAAUGCUAAUUUACACCUGCAGUCCCUAGACAGAUGUUACAUUUAAAAAAGGUCAUAAAAUACAUAUAGUAUCAUACAUAGAAGCUCUAUUUCACUCAUCUUUAAAAACACUCUCCAUUUCAUGAUAUACAGAAGUUAUACAAGAAAAACUUUACUUCACUCACAUCAUAAAAACACUCUCCACUUAAUGAAUCUAGCACUCACUCACUCACAGUUUACAUUGUUCGUAUCACAGUCAUUCAGUGCUUACAAGUUUGCUUUGUUAAUAGCCACUGUUUGGUCAGGCGUGUAAAUGUGCUAUAGUUUGUACAUGAAAUAAUUUCAUUUAGAAGAGUGUUCCAAAGGCUUGCUGCUUAAUAAAAGAACGAAUGUUGACCAUAA